AUGCCCCAAAAUCCGAUUCUUGAGCUAGAAAUUUUUGAUGUUUGGGCAAUUGAUUUCAUGGGCCCUUUCAUCUCAUCUCAAGGAAACCGGCACAUUCUAGUUGUCGUUGAUUAUGUUUCCAAGUGGGCAGAAGCCAUGAAAUCUCCCACCAACGACUCAAAGGUGGUCAUCAACAUGUUUAAGAAGGUCAUCUUCCCAAGAUUUGGUAUCUCGAAGGCAAUUAUAAGUGAUGGAAGCUCACACUUUAAGCACCAUGCAUUCAACAAGCUCCUCUCAAAAUAUUGUGUUUCGCACAAGCGUGGUCUUGCUUACCACCCUCAAACAAGUGGUCAAGCGGAGAUCACAAAUAGGGAGUUAAAGAUCAUCUUGGAAAAGACCGUGGCUAGAACAAGGAAGGAAUGGUCUAGUAAGCUCAUUUAUUCAUUGUGGGCUUAUAGGAUCGCCUUCAAGACUCCGAUUGGGACAACCCCCUACAAACUUGUGUUUGGGAAGAAUUGCCAUCUCCCGGUGGUAAUGGAGCACAAGGCGCCCUUGGGCCAUAAAGCAAAUUUUGACCUCAAUGCCGCGGGUGAGCAAAGGAUGCUAGAUCUCCACGAGUUGGAAGAUCUUCGAAUGAACGCCUAUGAUAGUGCAAGCCUCUACAAAGCAAGAACCAAGGCAUGGCACGACGCUCAAAUUUCCAAGAAGGAGUUUGUGGAAGGACAAAAGGUCCUGCUUUACAAUUCAAGACUCAAGCUUUAUCCAGGAAAAUUGAGGUCUAGAUGGAGCGGGCCAGUCCAAGUGUCCAUAGUCUUUCCAUAUGGCUCAAUCGAGAUAUUCAAUGACAAGUACCCUUCAUUCAAAGUGAAUGGGCACCGUCUCAAGCCAUACUACGAGGGUCAACUAAUUGAGAAGCCGGAAAAUUUGUCACUCAUUGAUGUUUUCAAGUCACCAUGA